AUGGUGGCAUCCGUGUGCCUAAUCCAAAUCCUUAAUAUAUCCAAAACACUAUAUAUCUUCUUCACUGCACUCCAAGGAAAACACGAACUCAACUCAGAACCCAAUUUACAAGCAGACUACAUCCAAUCAAAAUCAAAAUCCAUUAACCCAAAUCUUUCAUCAAUGCAAUCUGAUUCGAGCUCAGGAUCACCAAGAUCAUGUUCUAAUUCAGACGAAGAUCACCUGUUUUUAGCAAGCGGUAAUCCCAAGAAACGUGCCGGGAGAAGAGUAUUUAAAGAAACCAGACAUCCAGUUUAUAGAGGUGUAAGAAGAAGAAACGGUAAUAAAUGGGUAUGUGAGCUUCGUGAACUGAAUAAGAAAUCAAGAAUAUGGCUGGGUACUUAUCCUACACCAGAAAUGGCGGCGAGGGCACACGAUGUAGCUGCAUUAGCACUUAGAGGCAAAUCCGCUUGUCUUAACUUUGCUGAUUCUUCUUGGAGGUUACCGGUGCCGAAAUUUACCGGUUCCGAUGAGAUUAGGCGGGUGGCUAGAGUCGCCGCCGAGUUGUUUCGACCCCAAGAAUUUGGUGGUAAUCUGAAUGUUGAUGGAGAAGAAAGCAAUACUAGUGUGGACGACUAUUUAAGAGGAAAUAGCAAUGAAACGGUGUCGUUUGUGGAUGUAGAGGAGGUUUUUGAAAUGCCGAGGUUACUUGCAGAAAUGGCAGAAGGUCUUUUGUUAUAUCCUCCCAGUUUUGAGGGAGUUCAUACAGAUUGGACUCAGUUAGAUAAUGACUUUGAUAUGUCAUUAUGGAGUUAUUAAUCAUUAGUGUUAGUUUGCAAGUUAGAAAAUAGACAUUUUAUAGAUUUUGUUUUUUUCUUAUGUACUCGACGUAUAUGUACGUAAUUCGAUCUUAUGCCAUGUAUAAAUUACAUGUGCUUAAUAGGGAAAUAAUGAUAUUUUUUGGUUUAUAAUGAGAUGUAUUGAACGGAUUCCAACUUUCAAUUAUAUAACGACACAUUUAAACUUUCUACA